AUGUGGCUGAAAGUCAUUACCGUCAGUUUUCAUUUGAAUUUCGAUUUAUUAUGACACUGGGUAUUAAAUGUUAUUUUCCAUACGUUACGCGUGACAACAUUGAUAAAUUCAAGACACAUCUAAUUUUUUUUCCGGAACUCGUGACAAAAAACAGCCAAUCACACAGCCCCUCACGGUUCACUUCCGGCGCUAGAUUAUGACGUCAUCAAAGGCCGUUCAAAGCCACGUCCAGUUCACAUUGGGGAAUAUGUCUUACUUUUACAGUCCGUAGUUUAUUGUAACACACAGCAUUAUGGUGGUUGAAAAGCAUGUCAUGUUCCGAGUCAGAGGGGGCCUGGACUUCACCUGUCAGCUGGACAGAACAGAUGAAUCGUAUGUGAAGCAGACCCUCGGGAAGGCCUUCGAGUCCGUCCGCUCCGCAGUGCGGUCCCCAUCGCUGGUCUUCGGUGUUCAGAACAGCCCCGUUUUCUUGUGGCCUAACAGAAGCCUCCAGGCCACACGGCAAGGCGUCACGGAAAACACGACCUGCAGAGAGCUCCAGCAGCACAUCCAGAUUAAUGAAGGCGACAGUGGGAAAAGGUCCUCGAAAAAGAAGGACAAGAAGGAUGGCACCACAAGCAUCAUUAAUGUUGACCUGCUGACGGAGGUGACGGAACCCGUCCUUUGCUCCGCUCCCAUGCUCUUCCGGCAGGAAGGGAAGCAUCACUUUGUGAAGAUGAAACUGCCUGCAGACUGUGUGGUGUCAGCGCACAUGGAUGAGACCAUUGGAGAGUAUGUGUGCUGUGGACUUCCUGAAUCUGAGAUGAAAUGCGUCUGUACACAUCUGGUCGAGGCCCUGUGCACUCAGCUGACGAACAUGGAAGAAGUUGUUCUGCGGCACAGGAGCGGCACUUCCCUGCCCAUACCUGAGCCCUUUCACUUCCUGCUACCAGAGCCGGUGGGCCUUAUCACCGCGGUGUACCCAGCUGGGGUGCCUGAUACCCAGCUGGAGCCUGUUAGGAAGGAGCUGCACAGAAGGUUGGAGCUGCCGGACGACAGGUCCUGUAUGAGACGGGCCAAUGCCUACCACUUCCCUGAUGAGCCCUAUAGAGAUGGCUACCUGAGAAGCCCCCACCUAGCCCUCAAUCACCCCUCCCUGGAGGGUACCAAGCUGUAUUUGGUCCAGGGCAUUUACAGCUACCACCACUACAUGCAGGACCGUAUGGACGACAAUGGCUGGGGCUGCGCCUACCGCUCCCUGCAGACUAUCUGCUCCUGGUUCCAGCAGCAGGGCUAUGUGGAGCGUGUAGUGCCCUCCCACAAGGAGAUCCAGCAGGCACUGGUGGAUGUGGGUGACAAGCCGGCCUCCUUUGUCGGGUCGCGGCAGUGGAUCGGCUCCAUCGAAGUGCAGGCUGUGUUGAGCCACCUGCUGGGGAUCACGUCCAAGAUUCUCUUUGUGAGUCAAGGGUCGGAUCUUGCGACAAAGGGAAGAGAACUAGCCAAUCACUUCUCGACAGAAGGGACACCCAUAAUGAUUGGAGGGGGCGUUUUGGCACACACCAUUCUGGGAGUGAUGUGGAGCGAGACCUCGGGUGAGAUUAAGUUCCUGGUCCUGGAUCCACACUACACCGGAGGAGAGGACCUGCAGGUCAUCACAGACAAGGGCUGGUGUGGUUGGAAGGGGCCGGACUUCUGGGACCAACGGGCCUACUACAACCUCUGCCUGCCCCAGCGACCAAGGGCCAUAUGAGGUGGGCUGUGACAUCAUAGUGAUGUCACUCACUCCUGAAGAUCAGUUGCAUUUUACUAGAAUAAUAAUGUGCUUAAAUAAACACACAAGGCACUUUAAAAA